AUAUCAUCAUCAUGUCUGUCUGUCUACCUGUCUGUCUGUAGGAAGUGCCUCAGCAGUAGAGAUGGUGGCCCUGUUGGUCCAAACCGGACUGUUUGACUCGGCUCUGUCCGUCUGUCAAACCUUCAAACUGAACCUCACUUCAGUCUUCGAGGGUAUGACCUUCAAGUGCAUUAAGCUUCAGUUUGGGGGGGAGGAGUCUCAGAACGAAGCCUGGAGCUGGUUGGCUGCUAAUCAGCUGUCCUCUGUCGUCAACACCAAAGAGUCCAGUGCUACAGACGAGGCGUGGCAGCUGCUGUCCUCUUACCUGGACAGGUAUCCUUCUGCUAACGGACAGCAUCACCGCUGUGUCAUCAACAAGCUGCUGUCACACGGUGUCCCACUGCCUGAUUGGCUCAUCAAGUCCUACAAGCUGUGUUUCUUACAGAAAGUGGACGCUGCGUCUCUGCUGCGUCUCUACCUUAACUUUGAUCUCCUGGAGGCUGCAGCUGAGCUGGUGUUGGAGUACGUAGACGCUCUGCUGGGGAGAGGACACCAGUACUUUGGAAUCGAGAGACCUCUGUCGGCGACGUCGUCCUCCGUCUGGCUGCCGUACACGUCCAUCGAUCAGCUGCUGCAGACGCUGAACGAGACGCAGACCAACAGCAGCAUUUAUAAUAAAGUUCGAGACAAACUGGACAAUUAUCACAAACUGGUGGAGCAGACGACCAAACGGAGACUCGUCACUCGAUGAUUCUUCAGGUCACGUGACGACUUCGACCAAUCAGAGACUCUCAGCUGGAACCUGAUGUAAAUAAAUAGUGUCAAAUCAGCUGUUUGUUUAGUUUUUUAUAAUAGUCUCUUUUGUAUCGUCAUGUUUUUCCUUCAGAAUGUAAGUUGUGUUGAAAAUAAAGUGUCUUCUUGCA